AUGGCCGUCGAGCUUGAUUUCAGAAGAUCUGCACAGAAAAAUAUAAAUGCUGACUUCUACUACGACUGGAACAACGGAGCUACUGCCAUUCAGUACACUGUGUAUGGAUUAAUUGCGAAGUCAACCAGAAUUGUCACGUCGUAUCAAAAGAAUGAACGCUACACCAUCUUGGCCGAUGGAACAUGUACCAAAGACGUCCCAACUGGCGUGCUUCUGCCAAACUGCAUCCCGAACGACAGUGCAGACCUUGGCUCAAGCUAUAUCGGCAUUGAGGGAAGCGGGUUGAAAUCCGACAACUGGUUGAUGACUAUCAACUCUGUCAAGCUAACCAUGGGCGUCACCGACCCAGGCUGUGUCUUAACCUACUUGGGUAUCUUCAACCAGGCAGCAAGUCCUGCAGAUACAGAACUUUACUUCAACGGAUAUAAAACAGGCAUCACGGAUCCAGCUGCUUUCGACGUUCCCCUCUCCUGUUAAUGUGGGCAGCCACACUUCAUCUUGUAGACCCGAUUGUCGUCUGUUGGACUUUACAAAAUAUACAAAUAUUUUUAUAUCAAUAAAAACUACUUAUAAGUA